AUGUGUGCGGUGUGUCCUCUGGAUGAGUUGUGUGAUGUGGCCCAUGAGUUUGGAGCCAUCAUGUUUGUAGACGAGGUCCAUGCGGUGGGGCUGUACGGCGCUAGGGGAGGAGGUAUCGGGGACCGAGACGGCAUCAUGCACAAGAUGGACAUCAUCUCUGGAACACUGGGCAAGGCGUUUGGCUGUGUUGGAGGUUACAUCGCCAGUACCGCCGCUCUGGUGGACACGGUGCGUAGUUACGCUGCAGGCUUCAUAUUCACCACGUCUCUGCCCCCCAUGCUGCUGGCGGGCGCCUGUGAGUCCAUCCAGACCCUUAAAGGGGAGGAGGGCCGCGCCCUCCGGAGGAAACACCAGCGAGUCCAUCCAGACCCUUAA